AUUGGGGCUGUCCGUUUCUGUAAGAAAGAGAGAGCGAGAGAAAUAAAAGGAAGAACAAGCAAGGAGAGAGAGAGAGAGAGACAGAGAAAGCGAGGGAAAAACGGAUGAAAGGUUCGUUUUUUAUGAAUUUCUGCUAUGAUUAUUGUUCUGAAUUUCCGUGAAUGUGGCUCAAAUCUUCGCUCCGAUUCGCUUUGACGCGUUGAGGAAGGGGGAAAAUGCGGGGGCUUACAGGUGCUGGUUGAUCUCUUCCUCCUCUUGAUCAAAAAAAUCGCUCUUUUUGGACCUCCGUGGAUCCUAGGAUAGAUUCUAGGCCUCAAAGACUAGUCCAUUCAUGGGCUUAUCUGCCACAUUUGCGAGGCCCAUGGGGUCCUUCGCGGGUUCCGGUGGAGAGUUGGCCGUUAUAUUCGGUUUUCGGGUGGUUUUUGGAAGAGGAAUGGUUGUAAUUUGAGUAGGAAUUUGAUUCUGAUCGCCUCGUUGUUUCUUUUGAUGAUGUCCGAGGAAAAAAUUAGUUUCUUUGGAUGCGUCAGCGUUUGUUUGAUUUGUCUGUUACUGGAGCUCGAGAUUGGUAAGUGACCAGUUUUGAUUCUGUUUUUCUUCUUUUGGGGGGUAAUUUCGUAGUGGUGGUUGAAUGAGAGGCAAUUUUUCUGGGGCCCAGCAUUUGCCGCCUUGAGGGCAGUUGAAUUUCCUGGAAUCAGGGUUCUCUAUUCAUAUGGAGCUAGGGAUUGAAUGUGUAAAAGUAUCAAGGAUCUUUGGGAGAAUCGAGGUAUUAUGUUUGCUGGUAUUGUACAGGAAGGCUGUCAUCUUCUCUUAAUUGGUAGGAAUUGAGUUUUUGUUGAUGUGUGAUAACUUUUGGCAGGAAGAUUUCAGGGUUAUUAUGUUUGAAUAUUUCGAUUGCAUUGCCGGUUGUAUAUUUAUAAGAAUCAGUAUAUUAGUUGGUUCAUGGAAUUUCAAUAUUGGAUUCCUCAGGAUUCCAUACGAGAAGCAAGAUUAAUCGGUGCUAGCAUUUGAUCAUCCAAUUGGCUACAUACUUUGUGAGAGGUUCUAAGAAGGCAGAAUACUGCUUCUGGUUGGUCUUUUCCAAAGAGGAAGCUGAGUUGUAUCGUUGUCGUCGUCGUUGACGUCAUUGUUGUUUUUUGUUUGUAAUCGACGGGUGUGUGGAUGGGUGAAAUAGGGGGUUUUGCCAUUCGGUUUUGUAGCAUCAGAUGAAUAUUUCAGAAUGACUGGCCUUGGAAGGCUCCAUCGUCAAUGGAAACCUCCGACAAGGCAUUCUCUGAGGUGGCUGACAUCCUGAAAUCCUUGAUGGCUCGACGGUCUGAGCCUACAAAUGUAUCAAGGGACUUUUGGAUGCCCGAUCACAGCUGUAGAGUUUGUUAUGAGUGUGAUUCACAGUUCACAUUCUUCAACCGCAGACACCAUUGCCGUCUUUGUGGGCGUAUUUUUUGUGGAAAAUGCACUGCAAAUUCUGUCCCUGUUUUAUCUGAUGGCCCAAAGAGUGGCGGAGAAGAGGGGGAGCGGAUCCGAGUUUGUAACUUUUGUUUUAAACAGUGGGAGCAGGAAGUAGCAACAGCUAAUCAUGGGGUUAGAGCGCAUGCUCCAGUUGUUAGCCCUUCGCUUUCAACAACCAGUUUGGUCAGUACCCAGUCCAGUGGGACAGUUAACAGCAUUGCCACAACAAUCUGUUCCUACUCAACUGGUCCUUAUCAGCAUGUUCGAGAUGGUUCUGGCCCUAGUCCCAGCCAAUCUGCGAGACCUGAAACCUUUGCAGAUAAGCAGGAUGCUCUAAUAUCUGGAAGGGGCAUGGACAUCAGAGAUCCUUCUCCACCCACUCAAUUAAGUUAUCGUAUCAACAGGAGUGAUGACGAUUAUGAUGUGUAUGGUUUAUGCCCCUCUAAUUUGGAAGCACAAAGUUUUCAGCAUUCUGAUGACUACUAUGGCCAAGUCGAGUUUGAUGAAGUUGGCCAGGAUUUCCAUUCAAAUGAAAUGCCUCCUGCUGAAGAAAAUAUUGAUGCCAAGGAUGUCUGCUCUCCAUUUCAUGACAACACAGAAUUUCAUGCUUCUUUAGAUGUUGAUAAGAUGGAGGAAGAAUGUGAACCUGAUAAUAGCUAUGAGUGUGAUGCUGCUUCCAUAUAUGGAAUUAAACAUACAAAUGCAGAACCUGUGGAUUUUGAGAAUAAUGGACUGCUCUGGGUUCCUCCUGACCCAGAAGAUGAAGAAGAUCACAGAGAGGCUAUUCUAUAUAAUGAUGACGAUGAAGAUGCUUCUGGAGAGGGGGGAUAUCUUCGCUCAUCAAAUUGCUUUGGAAGUGAUGAGUACCAGAGUAGAGAUCAGUCGAGUGAAGAGCAUAAGAAGGCAAUGAAAAGUGUGGUUGAUGGACAUUUCAGGGCUUUGAUAGCUCAACUACUGCAGGUUGAAAAUCUUCCCGUAAAUGAGGACAAUGAUAAAGGAAGUUGGUUGGAAAUAAUUACCUCUUUGUCAUGGGAAGCAGCUACACUCCUUAAGCCAGACACUAGCAAGGGAGGAGGAAUGGAUCCUGGUGGGUAUGUGAAGGUUAAGUGCUUAGCUUGUGGACAUCGCAGUGAAAGCAUGGUCAUAAAAGGAGUUGUCUGUAAGAAGAAUGUGGCACAUCGGCGUAUGGCGUCCAAAAUAGAAAAACCUCAUUUCCAAGUUCUUGGGGGAGCUCUUGAGUACCAGCGAGUGACCAAUCUGCUGUCAAGUUUUGAUACUUUGCUGAAGCAGGAAAUGGAUCACUUGAAAAUGGCAGUUGCAAAGAUAGAUGCUCACCACCCCAAUGUCCUUUUGGUGGAGAAAUCAGUAUCUCGGUUUGCGCAAGAUUAUCUUCUAGCAAGGAACAUUUCACUUGUUUUGAAUAUCAAGAGACCUCUCUUGGAGCGUAUAGCCCGCUGCACUGGUGCUCAGAUAGUGCCUUCUAUUGACCAUCUGUCAUCUCAGAAACUGGGGCAUUGCGAUUUAUUUCAUGUGGAAAAGUUUGUUGAAGAACUUGGUGGUGCAGGGCAAGGAGGGAAGAGAAUGAUGAAAACUUUGAUGUUUUUCGAAGGGUGCCCGAAGCCCUUGGGCUGCACUGUUUUGCUUAAAGGUGCCAAUAUUGAUGACCUCAAGAAAGUGAAACAUGUAGUCCAAUAUGGAGUUUUUGCAGCCUAUCACUUGGCUUUGGAAACAUCUUUUCUUGCGGAUGAAGGUGCCUCUCUACCAGAACUUCCCUUGAAGUCUCCAAUAACUGUUGCACUGCCUGAUACACCUUCCAGCAUUGACAGAUCCAUUUCCACAAUACCUGGUUUCACAUCCCCUGCUGCUGGCAAGGUGCAUCAUGGUAGUGAUGCUCAAAGACCCAAUACAUCGGACCCAUCUCUAGCAUUACUGAAUUCUGGAAAAAUCAUGAAGGCAGCAUCGCUAUAUUCCACUGAAAGAAACAACUCUCAAAUGGCAGAUUCUGCCUCUGCAUUUGGCAUAUUAUCUGAUACUAAAAGGUUUUCUGUGGAGAAGAGCAACCAGGCUGAGCAAGUUGUGGAACCAACAAGUAGGGCAUCCAUAUCUUCUUUAUCCAUAUCAGACGUAGUCUCAAAUUCUUCACCUGGACAUCAUGCCAUGAAGGAGAAAAAUAAGGUUUGCUUUGGAGAAUGUCUUGAGGCUGAAACAUUUAGACCUGAUGACCCUGCAAUUGAGCAUGAUUCUGUUGUCCCCGGCAGCUGUCUUGAUACUUUGGAGACCUCAGAAAGGUGUGGUAUAAUGGCUAAUGAUGCCCAAAUCAAGAGCAGCCAUAUGGUAGAGAAGCAACCUGGCUCAUCUAGUUUUGCAACUUCACGUCAAGAUAUUGACUGGAGGCCUGAAAACACAUCGAUAAAGGAAGAACUCCCACCUUCUUCGGAUCAUCAGAGUAUUUUGGUUUCUCUAUCAACCCGCUGUGUGUGGAAAGGAACCAUUUGUGAGCGUUCACAUCUCUUUCGUAUCAAGUACUAUGGCAACUUUGACAAACCUUUGGGCAGAUAUUUACGUGACCAUCUUUUUGACCAGAGUUAUAGGUGCCGUUCUUGUGAUAUGCCUUCAGAAGCUCAUGUUCAUUGUUACACGCAUCACCAGGGCAGUUUGACUAUAUCUGUUAGAAAGCUUCCAGAAAUUCCUUUGCCAGGAGAACGGGAUGGCAAGAUUUGGAUGUGGCAUAGAUGCUUACGGUGUCCUCGCAAUAAUGCAUUCCCUCCAGCAACUCGUAGAGUUGUAAUGUCUGAUGCUGCUUGGGGUUUAUCUUUUGGUAAAUUUUUGGAGCUUAGCUUUUCAAAUCAUGCUGCUGCAAGUAGGGUAGCUAGCUGUGGCCAUUCUCUUCACAGAGACUGCCUCCGAUUUUAUGGGUUUGGAAAAAUGGUUGCAUGCUUCCGGUAUGCAUCAAUUGAUGUUCACUCUGUUUAUCUUCCUCCUCAGAAGCUUGAUUUCAAUUAUGAGCAUCAGGAGUGGAUACAGAAGGAAGCAAAUGAGGUGUCUGAUGGGGCAGAACUUCUGUUCAAUGAAAUUCUAAAUGCUCUGCACCAAAUUGCAGAGAGAAAGAGUAUUAACGGUAGCAUGAAAGCACCAGAAAUAAGACCUCAGAUUGUUGAACUUGAAGGAAUUCUGCAGAAGGAGAAAGCUGAAUUUGAGGGCUAUCUGCAUAGAGUACUGAAAAAGGAGGCAAGGAAGGGGCAACCAGUCAUUGAUAUUCUUGAGGUUAAUAAGCUAAAGAGGCAGUUGAUCUUUUAUUCAUAUUUAUGGGAUCAGCGGUUGAUAUUUGCUGCUGGAUCAGAUAGUUGUCCUGAUGAAGUUCUUCAGAGUUUUGUGACAAGAGAUAAGGAGAGGCUGACAGAUACGAAUCUAGGACUGAAGCCACAAAAAGGCUUUAAUAGGUUGGACACAUUUCCUGGAGAUUUCAGAGACAAUGAAUUCCUUAAUGGGAGCACAUAUGCAAUUAACCAUCAGGAGGAUAUCAAUGAUCAUCAUGUUCAUUAUUCUGGUCAUCAAAGAAGAUGUAUAGAAUUGGAUUCUUUUCAAGGGAAACAAAUCAAAACGCAUCGUUCUACCAGCACAAGUGCAAGCAAACAAUCAGUUCUUUUAGAAACUGGUCUUAUUGGCCGUCGAACCCUCUCCGAUGGGCAGUUUCCUGUUCUGGUAAAUCUAUCAGACACGUUUGAUGCAAAGUGGACUGGUGAAAAUGGUCCUUUCCUUUUUCAUGCAAGCUUGUUAGAUUCAUCAAAUUCAUUUGAAGCUGCAGCUGCAGCAUCAGUUUCCAAGGAUUCAGAAGAACGAAGUGGAGCUGAAGUAACUCAAUCCUUUGCCUCUGCAUUGCUUACCAAGUUGGGAGACAGUGCUGAGGACUUCUCAAUCUGGAUUAGAAUGCCUUUCCUGAACUUUUAUCGUCCUUUUUACAGGAAUUUGGGAAGCACCCCCAGAUUUAAUUCUCUCAAUGAGUACAAACCUGUCUAUGUUCCUUUGUUCCGCGAGUUAGAGUGUCAAGGUGGGGCAAGAUUUCUUCUUCCUGUUGGAGUUAACGACACGGUCAUCCCAAUUUAUGAUGAUGAACCAACCACUAUAAUUUCUUAUGCACUUGUCUCCCCUGAAUAUCAUAUUCAGAUUUCAGAUGAGCGCGAGAGAACAAGAGAUGGUGUAGAAACUUCACUUUUGUUGGCAACCCAUGAGUCAGGAGAUUUUCAUUUAUCUAGAUCAUUUGAUGAAACUACUUCUGAACCUUACAAAAGUUUUGGAUCAAUUGAUGAUAGCAUUUUAUCUUUGUCUGGGAGCAGGGGCUCUGUAGUUUUGGAUCCACUUACCUAUACAAAAGAAAUGCAUGUCAAAGUUUCUUUUGCAGAUGAGGGCCCACUUGGAAAAGUGAAAUAUACUGUGACAUGUUAUUAUGCGAAAUGCUUUGAUGCUUUAAGGAGAACUUGCUGCCCAUCUGAGUUUGAUUUCAUAAGGUCUCUCAGUCGUUGUAAAAAAUGGGGAGCGCAGGGUGGUAAGAGCAAUGUCUUUUUUGCAAAAUCAUUGGAUGACAGGUUCAUUAUAAAACAAGUUACAAAAACAGAACUAGAAUCAUUUAUCAAGUUUGCUCCAGGGUAUUUUAAGUACCUCUCAGAGUCGACAGGCACUAGAAGUCCCACAUGCUUGGCGAAGAUUCUGGGUAUUUAUCAGGUUACAUCCAGGAACCUGAAGGGUGGAAAAGAACUGAGGAUGGAUGUGCUGGUUAUGGAGAAUCUCUUGUUUGGGCGAAAUUUGACAAGGUUGUAUGACCUAAAGGGGUCUUCAAGGUCACGAUACAAUCCAGAUUCAAGUGGUAAUAAUAAAGUACUUCUUGAUCAGAACUUAAUCGAGUCAAUGCCAACUUCUCCGAUUUUUGUGGGGAACAAGGCUAAGCGGCUGUUGGAGAGAGCUGUUUGGAACGAUACCUCAUUCCUUGCGUCUGUAGAUGUAAUGGAUUACUCAUUAUUGGUCGGGAUAGAUGAGGAGAAGCAUGAACUGGUACUUGGAAUCAUAGAUUUCAUGAGGCAGUAUACAUGGGAUAAACACCUAGAGACGUGGGUGAAAGCUUCUGGAAUUUUGGGUGGGCCAAAGAAUGUGUCUCCCACUGUGAUUUCACCUAAGCAAUACAAAAAGCGUUUCAGGAAAGCCAUGUCUGCAUAUUUUCUUGUGGUCCCAGAUCAGUGGUCACCUCCUACAAUCAUUCCCACCAAGCCGGAGACCGAUGCCUGUCAAGAUAAUCGGCAGGAUGGUUCAGCCAAAACAUAAGAUGCUUUCAGUAAAUUUCAUGGUGUAAGUAUGGGAAUGACCAAUCUUUCUGGGGUUUCCUUCAUAUGUUACUCCUUUUUCCUCUUCUAUUCUUUUUAUAUCCCUACAGUUAGUAGCCUCAUUUGUAUUCUUUUGAGUGUUUGUGAAUUAUUUUUUGAAGAUGCAGCACAGUGCUAGUUACAGGCCAGGGAAUAGCAGCAUACUAUUAUAUAACUCACACAUAUAGGAACUCAUUUACGCUUCAUCUAUGAGCUUUAUGUUGCUGUUGUAUGCACUUUACUUAUUUUUUCUGUCCCCUCUCACUGAUUUAGCUACCACAACAAAGCCACAAGGUUAUCUAGUAAUACUGACUUGGAUGCUAGGAAGGCUUCUUCUCUGGCUGCUCUCAUCCAGGGAAUGGCUUCUUCAUUUGCUCUCCUAUCAAAGGCAAUAAGCCCUCUGUCCAAGUAGUGGUCUCUUUAAACUUCCUCACCCUCUUCUUCAGCACAACCAAGCCCUUUUACUCAUGGCUUCCCUGCUCUUUAGAAAAGCACUUUCUACAAGU